AGUGUUCGAUCAACGGGAGUUGCGAAAACAGUGUUUCCCUUCAGUCAACAUACCACAUCCAGAUUAAUACCAUGGUCACAGAAGGGGAGCCUACAGAUUUGGUGAAAGUGCUGCACCUGCUGGUGCUGUCCUUCACAUGGGGAAUGCAGUUGUGGGUCUCCUUUAUAGCAGGUUUUGCACUGGUGAAGCAGGUAACACUGCACACCUUUGGGCUGGUGCAAAGCAAGCUGUUCCCUGUCUAUUUCUAUUGCCUACUGGGCAGCAACUUUGUCAGCCUUGCUGUGUAUGCAGUCUACCACCCCAGAGAGCUGCUGGAUUGGCAUGAAAGCCUGCAGAUGGCCCUGUACUUUUUGGCAGUCAUCAUGGCAGGUCUAAACGCACAGUGGUUCGGCCCAUCUGCCACAGAGGUCAUGUUCAAGCUGCGGGAGGUGGAGCAGGAGCAUGGCCUGGGGAACCAAAUAGGGAUAGGGAGCCAGAGGGAAGCCUACACCAAACUCAGGGAGCAGGACCCCAAGUACAAGGCCUACAAGAGUACCUUUGGCGUCUAUCAUGGCCUGUCCAACCUAUGCAACCUGAUUGGGUUUAUCUGCACAACCACCAACAUAGUGUACACAGCUCUCAAUUUACACACCAUUUAGAGAUUGUGUAUAUGUGGUGUUUGGUGACAGGUUUUCAUAUUGUCUGUCAAUGAGUGGAUGUAUGUAUCAAGUGUCUCAGAGUAGGAGUGUUGAUGUAAGAUUUUUGAAUCACAAUAAAUAAUAUUACAUAGGUUGCUGAUCUGAACAAUCAGAUCAGCUCUGGAAAAAAUCUGAAAAGAUCUGAUGUGAUUGGUCAAAUGACCAAUUAGUGGAAAAAAAUAUCAGAAUUGGCUGCCUGUGUAAAUGCAGCUUUAGGCAUAUUACAUAUGGGCCUGAUCUUAGUUCAGCACUUCUAAUGAGACACUUGAUGCAUACGGCCCCCAAACAUAACGCUUAACCAUAUUUUUUAAAUGUGCCUUUUUAAUCUAAUUGUUUCACCUGUCAAUAGAAAACAUAGCACACAAUGUCAAAGGAUUUCAAAGUAUUUUUGGUCUUUCCCUUGUCAAACCGGGAAAGGAUGAAUGUAAUAAAGAUCGAUUUAUAUUUUUCAGAAGUACAUAAUUAAAAAAAGAAUAAUACAAAUGUU